GAUGUUAAAGCUGCGAAGUAAACAUAGCAAGGUAGUCGCGCGCCAAACGAACUUCUAACCAUUUGAAUAAAAAAUGAAGUCCAGUGUAGUUUUGCUGUUUUGUUUUUUGGGAUUAGUCUUGUGUGACAUCCCAGAUAUCGAUGAAGAUGAAUUUUUCACGCUUGUCAUGAGCGUUCCGCACCGAGACCUUUCAGAGAGAUACUUGUUUUUGAAAGAGCAUAUAUUGCAAGGAGGAAAACUAUACAGUACUGGCUAUUCUGAAGAGGAUCUAGAUGAUAAUUCUAAAAUAUCAAUACAAAUUUACAAGUUCUUGUACAAUAGUGAUGCCGAUUUAGAUGAGAUAGUGUCAGAUCUGCAAGUGGAUGAUACUGUAUGUCUUCCUGUUAUUGGAUGUAUUGAUCCUGGAGAUUCAGCUGUUAGGCCAACAUAAACUAAUGUAUUUAAAAAAUAUAUAUAUCUAGAAAUUGUAUAUAAAUAAAUCAUUCCUAUGUAUAAUGAAUUAAGUUACCAAAUUGCUUAAAAUUUGAUACCAUUGUUUUUCUGCAACUAUUUCUCUAUGAGUAUAAUUAAAAAACAAAUUACUUAACAUGAUUGGUUGUAUAAGAUGGGCCUUUAUAAGCUAUUGUGUUUAAAAAAUGGAAUACUUUUAGUGAAAAUAUAUUACCUAAUAAAUAAGCUCAUAAGAUAUGUAAAUACAUAAAUGGAGGUUUGUUAUUUAUAACUG